ACAGAUUCUUCUAAACUCGUAGUCUCAGUAGUAUUAUAUCUCUCCGACAAUUACCAAGAUAUUACACAAGAACCUUUGAUAAAAUCACUGUCGGUACACAAAAACAACAGAAACAACCAAGAACCAAUAACCCUUUAAAUCUUCCAUAUUAGAUCUGCACAAACAACUAUUCUUUGAGACCCCUUUGUGUCUAAUAACUUAUAGAUCCAAAAAACUCUUCUUUUUACUUGCAUUUUCACACAAAAAAACCCAAGAAAAAUGGAUUCUUCAGAGCAACGUCGUAAGAGAAAAAGGAUUAUCAGACCAUCUUCUCAAACAUAUUUAAGGUCUUUUAUUUUAUGUUUUAGUUUCUUGAUUUUUCUUUUCCUUCUUUCUUAUCAGAUUCCCUUUACUUCCUCUGUUUUUAGACCUGUUUUAGUUGUUUCAAGCUUAUCUUUACUCUCCUCUUCUUCUGACUUAUCUUCUAGUUCUGAAUCAUUUCAAGAUUUUAGUAGUUCCAUAUUGCAUUUACAAAUUGAGGGUCGAGUUUUGUUUCCUGAUCAUGUUUUGUUGUUGGUAAACAAGAAUGAUUUACUUGGACAAAAUGCCGAAUUUGAGUGUGUUUAUGGUAGAAACAGAAGUGUUUUAAGCAAUAUAGAAAGUGAUGUUAUUGUAAAGGAGAAAGCUUUUUCAGUGGAUGAUUAUGGUGAAUCUGGUGGGAUGCUUGUUAGAUGUCCACUUCCACCAGCUAAUUAUUCUGCUGUUGUGAAUCUGAGAAAGGUAAAAAAUAUUGGUGUUAAUGUUGUGCAUGUGGGAGAUGAAAAUCAGACACUUAAUACUUGGGAAAAUGUGGCUUAUGCUGCUACUUUGGAUGGUAACACAGCAGUUGUGUUUGUGAAGGGGUUGAAUUUGAGGCCUCAAAGAGAAUCCGAUUCGAGUCAAUUUAGUUGCCAUUUUGGGUUGGGAAAUUUUGAAAAAGAUGGAAAAUUUGCACUUAGAACAAAGGCUAUUACUGCUGCUCAAGAGGUUGUUAGGUGUGAAUUGCCAUUGAGUGUUAGGAAGAGCCCUGAGAAGGCUAGAGGUAUACGAAUAACCAUCGGUAUGUUGCCACAUAUUCAUGCUAAAGCACACGAAAAACAUGUGCUUUUGCCCUCAGUAGCCAAGAUUUCUGACCUGAAAACCGAGGGAAGGAGGAAUAUUGAAAAUGUAAAGUAUGAUCUUUGUAUGUGUACAAUGGUGUGGAACCAAGCUUCAGCGCUUCGCGAAUGGAUCACGUAUCAUUCUUGGCUUGGAGUUGAAAGGUGGUUUAUUUAUGAUAAUAACAGUGAUGACAAUAUCAAAGCUGUGGUUGAAGAGCUUGAGACGGAGAAUAAUUACAAUGUCACACGACACGUUUGGCCGUGGAUCAAGACUCAAGAAGCAGGUUUUUCACAUUGUGCUCUUAGAGCAAAACAAGAAUGUAAUUGGGUAUCUUUCAUGGACGUGGAUGAAUAUUUCUACUUUCCAUAUUCUACACGCACAGGCUAUGCAGGUCAACAUGCCCUUCGAUCCCUCGUGGCAAAUGUAUCAUCAUCAUCACCGAAAAUCGCAGAGAUAAGAACAACUUGCCAUAGUUUUGGACCAUCUGGUUUAAAUUCAGCUCCCUCACAGGGUAUAACUGUUGGAUAUACUUGUCGUCUUAAGAGCCCCGAGAGGCACAAAUCGAUCAUACGCCCCGAUGCUUUGGACACCACUUUACUCAAUGUGGUGCAUCAUUUCUACUUGAGGAAAGGAUUUAGGUACUUGAAUUUGCCACAAAGCACUGCUGUGAUAAACCAUUAUAAAUACCAAGUGUGGGAGGUUUUCAGGGCGAAGUUUUUCAGACGAGUGGCGACGUAUGUUACUGAUUGGCAGAAGAAUCAAAAUGAAGGAUCACGGGAUAGAGCACCUGGUUUAGGGACAGAGGCCAUUGAGCCACCAAAUUGGCCAUUACAAUUCUGUGAAGUUUGGGAUACCGGCCUUCGAGACUUUGUCUUGUCAAACUUUGCUGAUUUAUCAACUGGUUUGUUGCCUUGGGAGAGGUCCUCUUUCUAAUGACUGAAUUCCAUUGUUUUUACUUGGCUUAUUGAAGUACGCCUACUGUAUAUUACGCCUGUCAAUUGGGACGGUCAGCCCGUGUACGUCCUAGCCCAGAACGGUUAACCUGGCCCAACACGGCCCGACAGACACACUUUUCAGGGGCCGGGUUGGCCUAGCCUGUCCCGGUUGCUACCCUUAGCAUAUAUCGGUUCCUCCUUUGAUUAUUGCCAGUAGAGAAAGCUUGGAAGCUUGAAGGACAGAUGCCUUAUGUAGAGAAGAUGAUCACCAAAACAUUCAAUUCUUUCUUCAUUCCGUCGCUAUUGUAUCUGAUGUUCUUUAGCAUAUGUGGACAAGAUAUUUACACAAUAGCUUAGAAUAGGAAUUUUUUCUUUCUUUAUUGAAUAUAUUUGUAAUCUUUCUACAGUAUGACAUGAUAUUUUCAUUAAAUGAUCUACUCAGUCAAUUCAUUUAUCA